GGUUACCAUUCACCUUCUGACAUCAGAAACCGGUGCAGCAUGAGCAGCUGCCUUCACGAAAUCCCUGAUCAAGAACAUGAAGCUCCUUCCCCUCUUCACGGCUGCAUCCUGCCUCACGCCCCCGGGUCCCUUUUUCUUCGUAUCACAAAUGAUGAAGCUUUUUUUCCAGGUCACAUGAGCCCAGGAUGAAGGGGGAAAAUCCUGCUAGGAACAGAGAUGGGCUGUGAAUGAGAAGCUGAUCAAGGGGAGAUACGGAGUGGUGUGCUGAGGGCUAUAUAAGAAUGUGCUCCUCGCCAGAGCAAACAUUUUUCCUGGUGAAUGAUUCUCAUGAAGCAGCCAUGAACAUGACUGAAGCCGGUGUUCCAAGGAGGCUCCGUGCCACUAACAAAAGAUACUUCUAUUUCACCACAGCUUCCCUCACGGUGUGCCUCGUCUUUGCUCUAGCAACCGUCAUGGUCUUAAUCGUUCAGAGGAAGGGCCUGGCUCCCCCAGAGGAUGGCAUUACACAUGCAAGCAGAAAAGGGAAUGAUUUAGAUGUUUUAACAACCCUACAGAAUGCUUCAUUUAAGAAAGUGGCGGCAUACAUGACAGUGUCAAAGCCAAUAAAUAGUCCAAAACUGAAGUGGACUAAAAAUCGUAUUCUCCAAGACAUCACGUACAACAGCAACGGAGACCCGGUGAUCCAGACGCCAGGCUUGUACUUGGUCUACUGCAACUUGCACUUUCAUCUAACCAACUUCUCAAGAAACACAAUCGACCUACAGAUGGAGCUUUUUGUGAAUAACAGCCUCAACAGGCAAACGUUACUCACACAUUGUCCCACCACCGACAGGCAAACAGUAUUCAAGCAGUGUGCAUCAGUUGCAGACUCUAACAGGAUAUAUCAGGAGCUCUCCAUACUCCAUCUGGUGAACCUAGAUGCAAAUGACUGGAUAUCAGUAAAAACUGAGCAGUACAAAUAUUUGGAUUUAGAUUUCUUACCCAAUGAGAAUGUUCUUGCAGUCCUCAGGUACAGCGAUAAAAGUAAGGAGUGCGCUGGCUGCUCCCUGUAGCUCAAAGUAACCUACCUUCAAUGACAAUGCCUCUGCUGGACAAUACCUGGUCUUAGUUGACAUACAUUACCUCAUCCUAAGGGGAAAUAAGGAACUUUCCAAGCGUCCAAAAGAGAAAUCUAAAACACAAUAAAACAUUCACCCAACAAACAUAGGAAAACACUCUGCUUUGGCCGAAAGUGGGAUUGCCGUGAUGCCAGAAGACUGUCCGUCAGGAACGAGGCCAGCAAGUGAUUCGCAGUCACGACAAUGGCGCCUCAAAACAAAAACAACCAAAUUAGGAGAAGAACUGUCCAUGCUGAAAAUGAUCAGCUAUCUGAUAUCUUCCACUUACAGAAGCAGCUGGGCAAGCAUGACUAGCCUGGGGGGAAUGGGAUCUCUUGUCAUCUGAGGAUUUUGGAAUUAUACACAAUAGUACUUUGAGCUAGUUUUUUCCAAAAACUAGCAGUCAAAGCUGAUUACUGAUGCUUUCUUUACAACUAGAGCAAGCAGCUGUAAAUCUGUGAGACAGCCUGUGGGCAGCAUCGUUGAAAGCAGAGGUGGGAAGAAGUUAGGUCAUGAGAGGCAAUGUGGCCCAGCGGAUAGGGCACUGGACUGAGACUUGGGUUCUGUUCCCUAUUCUGCUACUGACCUGCAGGGUGGCUUUGCACAAGGUGUUUCACCAUUGGUCCAUCUUUCGUAUUUAAAUUGUAAGGUCUUUGGGGCAGGGACUAUGUAUUUGUACAGUGCCCAGCACAAUGGGAUGCUGAUCUCAAUUGGGACCUCUAGGUACAUGCAUAAUACAAAUAUUAAAAGUAAUAAUAAUAAUCUAGUCCAUGUGCCACGUAACAGGCUUGUCCCUUACAGUAUAUGUUGAAGUGCUUUGUGAAGUCAAGUUUUAAAGGUAAUCUGAAUGUCACCACGGCAUACAUGCAUAUAACCAUUUGCUUUUAGGGGGCUCAGAGGAAGAAGGAAUGUCCCCCACUGCACUAAACACCUACCAUUUUGUGACAUUUUAGACUGAGCUCUGGAUUUGAGCACCCAUAUUUGGGAAUGUUUGCAUCUGGAGUUUUGAUAUGGGCCACCAUCGAGAUCUGGCAUUUGGAUCAGGGCUGCACUGUGCUUUUGGUUUGACCUUGCAUCUGUUACUUCUGAGUGUAGAGGAUGGAGGAUGCAACAGGAGAGGACCAUGCUCUAAAGUUAUGAAGUUAUUUAUCUAUAGUACAGUAAAUCAGAGUUUUACCUGAAAUUCCAGCUUCACAAACAUGUUUAAUUAAAAUGUAAUUCCUGUACUAUUGGUGACAGCAGAAAAUGUAAAAUUAAGAAAGCAAGCACUAGAUCAUACUAUCUUUUCACCAUCAAAAGCCUACUGAUAUAAAGAUUUUUCAUGAGUACCUAUAUUUUGUUUUAGCCACAUGACUGGAGCUGGGCGAACUGUUCACAGUGGAGUUUUUCACUGGAUUUAGCUCCCUUAUGUCUUUGUGAAUUUCCCCUAAACAGACUACAGUUUUUACUAUGGGUUUUGUUAGUCAGGUUUUUCUGAUUAAUGGCUUGUGUGAGCACAUUCAGAAUAUUUGUAAUAUUAAUAAUUCAUUAUUUGUGCCAUGUGACUGGUCACCCAAGUCACAUGGUAUGGUUUCUGCUCCCUGGUCAGAUGACUUCAAAAUGCACAAAGAGCUUCAAAACACAUCCACUUCAUCUGUGCAAAUACAUAGUCACACAAAAAUGUGUGUGUGUGGGGGGGGGAGCAUAAUUACAUAAGUCAUAGAUUCCAAGGGCAGAAGGGACCAGUGUGGUGAUCUAGUCUUGCAGGCUACAGAACUCCUCCAAAAUAAUUUCUGUUUCAACUAGAGUAUAUCUUUUAGAUCAGAGGUUCUCAAACUGUGGUCCGUGGUCCACUGUGGUCAGUGGUCCGCGAGCUCCAUUCAGAUGGUCCGUCGAUAGUUCCCUUUAAAGUGCGUGCCUGGGCGGCCACACAUGAGAGAAUAAAGGGCCACCCACCCAAUUAGUGGAGAUGUGCAGGCGUCUCCACUAAUUAGGUGCCUGGACCCUGGAGAAGACGCACAUGUAAGGUGAGGUGAUGGCCUUGGGGGGAUUAGGGGGUAGGUGGGAGGGGGCAGUGGGGUGAGAAGAGGGGGUGGGAGGAAUUUGGGAUGUGCAAGGCUGUGGUGGCCAGGGAAAGAGGCAAAUUUCCCCAGAGCCAGGGCUGUAGCAGCCGGGGAGAGACGGCCCUCCUUCCCAGCCCCAGCUCGGGGGGCUACUGCAGUGGGAAAGAAAGGGAGAGACCCCCGCCACCCUUCACAGUCCCAGCUCGGGGGUUGCCGCAGAGGGGAAGAGAGGGCACAUCCAUUGCAUUAGAAAGGUAAGACUACUGGUAUUAAAAUAUGAGUUGUGUGCUUUUAUUUGUAGAACAAAAAAAACGUUAAUUAUUAUUAAGGGUUUUUUUUUCUACAAAGCGCUUUACAGUAGUUAGCUAACAGUACAAACAACAUUUGGAAAGAUCAUUAAGUGGUCCACUGAGACCCUCAGCAAUUUUCAACUGGUCCGCAGAAAAAAAACGUUUGAGAACCACUGUUUUAGAUCAUUCUGUUUUGAUGACCAUUCAUGUGAAAAAUAUUUCACACACAUACACACACUUGCAAAAAAUGUGUGAAAGGGAUCACAGAUACUGUGGAAACAAAACCAUGUUUUUUAUUUAAAGGCAUAUAUUUUUUGCAGCAUUCACCUAGCUCUACACAUUCAGACCCGUGGUAGAAUCAAAUCAUCCCUCUGCUCUUAAAAAUCUAUACUGGUCUAUGAAUGGCUUUCUAUCCAGCAUCAGCCUGCACUUGUGUGUCGCAUGAGUAGAAGCCAACAGAGGUUAAAGAGGUUCAUCCCUCUUAGGAACCUUUAACAAGAGUUGAUUUCUCAGCCAACGUGAAUGCAGGAGCAGCACUGACACAAAAAAAGGCUUUGACUUUGAAGGGGAAAAUAGCUCUUUUAAAAAAAAAAUCCCCCCUGCAUAGGACGAUAUGUCACUAUUCUUUCAGCAAAUGGAGGAAAUAAUGGAAGAGUGGAACUAGACCCAUCAGCCCCUGGCUUUGCACGAUGGCAGGAUAGAACAAUCUUGCCCUUACCACGCCACAUCCAAGAAAUAGGCAUAAAUUAUAGCCAGAAUUUGCUAUAGCUAAAUUAGCUAUAUUAGCUAAAUGUGUGUCAAACAGCUUUCAUGAAAACAAAGCCCCGGGCCAGGCAUCAGACUCCACACUUCAUUGCAGAUUCCAAACCACUUUACUAUUUCAUCUUCUCUCCCGCCCCCUCUCUUCUCCCUGUUUUUGGCCAUGUUUAUAGAAUAAGAAAACCCAUUUCAGUUCUUUGAACUACAUCAUGCCUUUUCAGCAAGGUCCGUGGCGACAGCCUUUGGAGGACACAUAAUUCCACAGGCCUAGACUUCACGGGUUGCAGAAGACCAAAUUCUCAACGAAGGCCACUUUUCAGAAGGUGGUUGUUCUCCUGUAUUAAUUAGCUUGGUCUUAGUCCCAGGACACACUGGUUAUGCAAAGUUCCUUCAGUACGGGUGGUAGCCCAACCCUGCAGUCCUUACUCAAGCAAGACUCCCAAAGACCUCUAGAGCUCUUUGGAAUCAGGAGUUUUUCCUCUUUUGCUCUUCUCAUUGUCUCUCAAAUCCAGAAGUUCUGGAUGUACCUUCUCUGAGGUUCCCUCAAAAGACAGAACAAUCUUGGACCAUUGAAAGAGCCUAUGUCACAUAGACGCUUUUGACUAUCCCUCCCCAUGUCCUCAGAUGUGGCAGUCCUGUGGCUUUCUGUGCGUACUCUCUGUUCCUAACUUGACCAGAAACGGGAAGCAGCAGAAACCUCACACGACAGUCUGUUCUUUCUGGGUUUCUGGUCCUUGUUCAGAAACCAAAGAAUCUAAGUCCUCUGAAUCUUUUUAUGCUUUCUUGACCUGAGUCUACAGAUGCUGGAAGAUUUGUCUGUCACUGAUAAAUAUAGGCGAGAUUUUCAAAAAUGCUCAGCAUUGGUCUAACUCUGCUCCUAUUGCUUUACCAUAGACUUCAAUAGGAGCAGAGUUGAGUGCUUUUAAUAAUCCCACCCUCUGAGAAUUAAAAAUCAGAGGGAUGAGCUGGAGUCAUCGAUUUCAGAGGUGGACCUGAACUUUCCCAAAGGAGGAAGGCUUGGGAGCCAGGCUUUUGACUCACACCAUUAUAAAGUUUGAGGUCACCUGCAAAGUUCUGAUCUUGAUCCAAACUUUCCCAAAAUUCAGAGGUGGCCAGGUCUGAGGGAUUUAGUUGUGUUCUAACUGUUACAUAUUCUCAGCCUAGGCAAUGGGUGGUUUCAUCAGGUGUCUUGAAGUUUCCUUCUCCAUUUAUGUCCAUUCUUCAGAUCUUCCUGGCCAGGGAUCUGGGGGCAAGAUUCUACACAAUCUGGGUGAAAUUCUUCACUAUGCUGAGGGCUGGCUCAGGUAUAUGCACACAUAAAUCCCACUGACGCCAUAUUGUGAGAAUCCAAGUUGAACAUAAAUGUUGCAUAGGCCUUGUUUUGGUCCUCCACAACGGGGCUCCUAUAGAGGGAACAAUAAUAAAGAUACAACUUCCACCAAACUGACUGAACUAAGCAGUUAGAAUAAGGCUACGUUUACACUACAGCUUAUGCUGGCAUAAUUUAUGUCGCUCAGGACUGUGACUAUUCCACCCCCAUGAGUGACAUAAAUUAGGCCAGCAUAAGCGCUUAUGUGCACACCGCAAUAUCAGCAGGAGAGCAUCUCCCACUAACAUAGUUUCUGCCACUCGCGGGUAUUUUUAUGCUGCCAGGAGAGCUCUCUCCCAUCAACAUAGAGCAUCUUCACCAUACACACUGCAGCACUGUAAGUGUAGACAUGCCUGAGGCUGUAGAGACUUGGAGUAAAAUUUUCAUAGGAGCCUGAGUAAUUUAGGCCCAGACCCUCAAUGGCAUUUGGGUGCCUAACUCCCAUUGAAAUCAAUGGAAUUUUUGAGAAUCUGGGCCAAAUCCAAUUUUCCAACAUAACUGAAGAAGUUAGGAGCCUAAGGGCCUGUUUACAUGAGUGUAAUGCACACUACAGGAUGUGAUUUCUAAAGUGCAUUAAUUGGUCCAUGUAGGCCCUGCUGGUGUGCAAAAAUGGUUUGAAACAGCACAGUGUUAAAGCACCCUAGGGAAACUUUAGUGUGCACCAGCCUGGUCUACACGGACCAAUUAAUGUGCAACACAUUAGUGAGCUUUAGACAUCACACCCCCAUAGCGCACAUUGGCACACCGUGUAGACACGCUCUAAGUUUAAUAUAAAGUCAGUGGGACUUGCAUGCUUUUGGAAAAUAUUACUUUUAGAGACACCCCCCCCCCAAAGAAAUGUCAUGAAGAAAUGUCCAGGGCUAAUUUUUCAGAUGCAAUUGAUGAUUUUGAGGGCCCAACUUGACACCUCCUUGAGGGUCCUGCUUUUCAGAGGAUGGGAGUUUAUCACUUUCUAAAAUUCAGGUCUCUUUAAGGUGCUUUAAUCUGGGUGCCUUCAAAGCACCUGGCACCACUGGUUAAUUUUGAAAAUGUAUUAUUAUUUUGCCUAGGAGCGCUAGUCAUGGACCAGACUCCCAUUGUGCUAGGCACUGUGCAAAUACAAACGUAGGCCCUGUUCUUUGCUGGGACACUACUAAAUUAAGACCUGAUCCUUCGAAUGCUUAAGAGUGGAAGCAACUUUUGACUCCAAGAGGAUUACUCAUGAGCAUCUCAUUUAUGUGAGGAUAAGCACACGUGUAAGUGGUUGUAGGAUCAGGGUCUGUGUGUUUGCAGGAUAAGGCCCUUAAUUACUGUCAUGAUAGUGUUCUACCCAAUGAUAGGCUCAGGUACCAAUGAUAUUCCAGGGCCCUUGUCUUCUUCAAUCCUGUUUAAUACAAGAUUACUAUAAAGGUAAUUAGCCCUGACGUGUGAUCAUUUCUUACAGUAGAGGCCCAACAGAAGCUUGCUUGGCAUUAAGAACAUAAGAGCGGCCAUACUGAGUCAGACCAAAGGUCCAUCUAGCCCAGUAUCCUGUCUUCUGACAGUGGCCAAUGGCAGGUGCCCCAAAGGAAAUGAACAGAACAGGUAAUCAUCAAGUGAUCCAUCCCCUGUCGCUCAAUCCCAGCUUCUGGCAAACGGAGGCUAGGGACGCCAUCCCUGUCCAUCGUGGCUAAUAGCUAUGGAUGGACCUAUCCUCCCUGAAUUUAUCUAGGGAAAGUAUGACAUUUCAGAGCAGCGGCCAGUCCCACAUCUCCCCAGUGGCAUCUGCUUGUGCAGCAAAUCAUUGAUGCCAAGUGCAGAGCAGGGCUGGAGAAUAUUUAGAUAGUUGUGCUUGCGUUCCUGGUUAGGGCAUGUUUAGAUUUUAUUUUUCCAGUACAUGGAGGGAGAAAAGAAAAAGGAAUGAGAGUGGAUGCUAUUGCAGCCAAUGGCCUGUAUCGGAUUUCACUUUUACCAGUUUACACUCAUUACAAAUGGUCAAAAAUGAAGGGGGGGGGGCGGGGCAGGGAGCCCCCCCAAAAUUAAAAUGCCUGUCAUUUUAAUGCUGCAGGUUUUGAAGAGGAAUAAUUUAUUGUUUACUCUACCUUUUCAUCAAUAUUUUAUUGAAUAUUUUUUCUCCAAACAUUCAUUUUUGAAAUGUUUCAACUUUUCAGAUUUUUUAGUUUCUUUGUUUUCCCCUCUCCCUCCUUCUCCCCCCCACCCCGUCUUCCUUUUUCCACUGAAAAAUGGGUGGGAGAAAGGAGGGAGGAAGGGAAAAGGAAAAAACAACCCCAAAAACCCCCACACGCAAUAAAAAAAACUCUCCAAACAGCCAUUUUUUGUUUUUUUGCCAAUUUCUAAAAAUACAUUUUUAAAAAGAAAAGUUUGAACGCCAAUAUUUUUUUCUUGAAAAUGUUCAACAAACAAUGGUUUUGUUCAAACAAUUUCAGUUCCAGUACUGCUGCAUCCCCAUUGACAUCACUUAAAAUUAAUCCCAGUUUAGGUCACUAUCCUGAAAAUAAGCGUUCCUGUGCUUGAAACUGAUGAGACUAUUCACAUGUUUAGGGUUACGUACAUGUGGAAAUCCUUGAAGGAUGAGAAUCUUGCACUGGGCUAACUCCACUGAUUUCAAAUGAGUUCAUCCAGAUUGAUGCCGAUCAGAAUCAGGUCCCAUUGUGAGCAGGAUUGGGCCUAGUGUGUCAAAGCCUUUACCCUUAAAGGCUAUUUAAACAAAAUAUGUAUAAACAGGAUUGUGUUCAGUGAGAUAGUGUAGCCAGGGGCUUUAGCAAUGAACACAGAUAUAGGACGUCUAAAUAAAUGUCAUGUAAACAAACUAAAAUGAAGCAGACUUUUUGUAAAUUGUUAUUUUCUUUUUAGAAAUCUGAAUAAAUAGAUCUGGUUGAUAA